GAGGAGACAGAGAAAGGGAUGGGGCGCGGGCGUUGGCUUUUUAGUUAGGGCACGGUUCUUUGUCGUCUGCUAGCAGACGACAAAGAGCCAGCUAACGGACGUUAGUUUGGCCACUUUCUUUGCCGUCUGCUAGCGAACGACAAAGAAAGUGGCCGUUAGGUGGCUCUUGUUAGUGGGCCACCCUCCCUCUUUAUCGUCCGCUAGUUGACAACAAAGCUUCUAGCGGACGGCAAAGAGAUGGCUGACGGUAAACAUUAUCUUUGCUGUCAGUUUUCUGUAAGCUGAUGGCAAAGGCCUUCUUUGCCAUCAGCUAGCAGACGGCAAAGAGACGGCUGACAGCAAAGAUCCUGAUUCCAGUAGUGAAUAGUCAAUCCAUCCCGGGAAUGACAAUUAAAGAGGUCAUAAAGGGAAGACAACCAUCGUGUAUGGAGUUUUCCCCCUAGGUCUUACGACUAGGGUUCUCCAGUCCUCCGACGACAUCGCCAUCGUGAGUUUCCCAUCGUUGACGAUUUGAUCCCGCAAACCGGGAAGCUUUCUCCUUCCCCGUCUGCCUCCUACACCCCCUCAGGUCUUCCCGGGGAACAACGAGUGCGCGGGCUAGGGUUUUGACCGAUGUUUCUGGCCAUAGCUACAAUUGCCUGAAUUGGUGGAAGCGGCAGAUCUUUGAGCGGUCGUGAGCCGAAGGAAAAGGCAAAACUCCUGGAAAGUCUGAAUCUUCGGGAUGAGGAAACGGAUGAUCUAAUUUGGGAUGAUGAGACUGAUGUAGAGGAAAUCAAGCCAACGGUUGGGGGCCACGGGUCUGCAUUGGCCACCAACUUGCGCUUCUUGAGGCCAAGCUUGGCAAUGUGUAUGAUUCUUCGACAUUUUGAGUUCAGCCUCGCACAGGCAUACACUCAUGCACCGCAUAAUGUGACAUUUUCGCGUCCGAUGCAUGGUGCUCAAAUUAAGCUUGGCACGAUUUGAUCAUUAUGUCCGCUUAUGUUUCGUUCGUUGCCAUGUGUGCACUCAUGCAGUAAGACUAUAUUUGGAAAUUUGCACCAAUGUAUUGUCUAUGUUUUCUUAGAAAUUAAAAUCCAACACAUUCAAGGCUUCCUUCGAUCUAUAACCAUCUGAAAAAUAUGGUAGUCGACUCUUAUUAUCAUUCUACUCUACGAUGGAACAAGACAUUCAAAGUUCCAGCAACAAAAGGCAACAUGUUGUGAGGGUCAGACUUGCAAUUCCAAGCAUGAGUUACACCUACUGAAAAUUUCUUUUGAGAAUUUUAAUGCAAAUUCUCUCUUUCUCUCUCCUGGGUUCUCCGUUCAACCUUGAUCAUUCGACUUUUAACUUUGUCCGUUUACAUAGCACAUAAUCUCAAAUUUCGUGUGUUUUUGGUCCAGCGUCCAGACACCUCUGUCAAGCAAUUUAUGUCUUUUUUAUUUUACUAUUUGCAACGCAGUACGUGCCAUGACAGUCCAAUCCAACACAUGGUCCAGUCUCGAUCAUGCAUACGAGCACACGAGGAGAAGCAAAAAGCCGCGACGGCGCUCUGGGCCGAAGCCCAACGCUCGUCCUGCCACGAGGCCCAGAUAAAGCGAACGCAAAGCCCAUGAAGCUAGACAGCGCUCCCGUGACUCCCGCGUUCCGCUCGCUCGUGACCGUGGCUGCUGCUGCUGCGCUUCGGUUGUUUUAGUCCCACCUCGCCCAGCCGAGGAGGAUGGAGCGGGAGAGCAGGCUAUAAGAGGAGAGGCAGGUGCGACGUUGUUCCAUACUUACCUGGACGGGGUCGACGAGUGAUCAGGAAGACCCGUGGCCUAGGCUAGUGGCCCACAUUGCACAUGGUGGGUGCGCUGGCUUACCAUCUCCCCAAGCGGGAGAGUGGACGUCAUAAUUUGUGGUAGAGGGGGUACGCGUUCGCGCGGCCCCUGCCAAUUCUGCAAAAUUAAACUUUGGUCCCUGGCCUAGCAAGAAUCCUAGAUGGAAUUUUCUGGUUUGGUCCUCGCUCUAUCUUUCGCGCAGCGAAUCAAGAUUACCAGGAAUUGAACGUAGCGUUCGGUAAAGCUGCCACCGGCAUGAGCAUGGAAUUUACAAGAGCCAUUCCAGUGCCUCAACAAGCAGAUAUCUCCAUCACCGUCACUAUAGUCCAGCUAACAUGAGACAAGCCUUGUCCGUGAACGCCCAUUUGGUCGAGCGGCCAUGCCAGAACGACCAACUCGCCAUGACACGGGGACGGCGGCCAUAUCUCAAGAGCCUGCUGUCCAGCGCAACGGAACGUCUAGAGUUGUUGCUGUUAUCGUCAGAUAAAAUCUUGACCACUGCCAACCAAGCUGCGUGCUCUCUCUGCAAGCGGCCCCUGUUACAAGGCUAGCACUACACAUUACCACGACAUUAUCGUUGGCCAGGAGCGACAGAGUGGCACUACUUGCCGUCUUGGACACCCGCUUAAACCACCUCCAAUAAUGCCGAGCGACAUUUCAGAGCAACUGAAGCUUAGCGGUCAGCAUUGCCGUGCUACACGGACUGGACUGAACCACAGUAAGUAGCAGUCAACCGGUCAAGUCAAUGUGUCUAACCUGUAGCCUACGGUAUAGCAAUGUACAUGAUCUUGAGUUAUGAAAAUGUUAGUCCGGUCGCAUUUUCUCGUCUAGACAGUGACCGGGCAGCCCUUCCGGGCGUUUGUUGGGACGGAUAUGAUGUCCGGUUGUAGAUGCUCACUAUUCAGAAUGCCCGUCCUGGAGUCCAGUCCCUCUCCAACCCUCUCAUGAGUCGUGACCUAUAGCGGCUUCGCAAUGGAUUCAUGGUGCCAUGUGAACCCGGGCCCUGCGGGCCACACAUGUAUGUGAUAUAUACAUAGACACAUGGCUGUACCACUGGAUGCAUGAGAAGAGAAGAAAGCAGAACCAAGAUGGUUGCCAUGGCGGCCACCAGAGCUGCCUACGUUUCCAGCACAUCCAUCUCACUCCUUCUCUUGCUGAUCCCCGUUGCUCUCGCCAAGGAUCACCAUACUCAUGGCACCAGCUACCUCCAGAGAGAUUCAUCGGUGUUCAUCGAGGACGGCACCGCCGUCGCCGCCAACACCACCACCAUCCUUGCGUCGCCCAACGGCCUCUUCGCCUGCGGCUUCUACAAGGUGGCCACCAACGCCUUUGUCUUCUCCAUCUGGUUCAACGGCUCGUCGGCGAAGACCAUCGCGUGGACGGCCAACCGCGACGCGCCGGUGAACGGCAGAGGGUCCAGGCUCGCCUUCCGAAAGGACGGGAGCAUGGCCCUGCUCGACUACGAUGGCACGGCCGUCUGGAGCACCAACACGACCGCGACUCGUGCCAGCCGUGCAGAGCUUCUCGACAGCGGCAACCUUAUCAUCGUGGAUCCAGACGGUCGGAGCCUCUGGACAAGCUUCGACUCACCGACAGACACGCUUCUGCCGUCGCAGCCGAUGACUCGGAACAUAAAGCUGGUAUCUGCAUCUGCCAGGGGCUUGCUCUAUUCAGGUUUCUAUACAUUAUACUUUGACAGCGACAAUGAGCUAAGGCUCAUCUACAACGGCCCUGACAUCAGUAGCAUAUAUUGGCCUGCCCCUUUCAACCAUCCGUGGGUAAAUGGAAGGACUACUUAUAACAGCAGCCGGUAUGCUGUUCUUGAACAGACGGGCAAGUUUGUCGCGAGCGACAACUUUACAUUUGAAGCUUCUGAUCUUGGUGAUCAGGUUAUGAGGAGGUUGACUCUGGAUUAUGAUGGCAACCUUAGGCUGUAUAGCCUAGACGCGACAAGCGGAGAUUGGUCGGUCUCUUGGAUGGCAUUCCGCCGAGUCUGCGACAUACAUGGGCUGUGUGGCAAAAACAGCAUCUGCAAAUACCUACCGAAGCUCGAGUGCUCUUGCCUUGAAGGUUUCGAGGUGGUUGAUGCAAGCGACUGGAGCAAAGGGUGCACGCCCAAUGUAAACAAGACAGCCAACUGGGACAACAGAAGAAGACACAAGGCAAACAGCACGGCCACCCAGGAUUUCUCAUUCAAAAAGCUCGCUGAAACUGACUUCUAUGGAUAUGAUUCGAUCUAUGUGCAGCAGGUGUCAAUUCUGCAGUGCAGACGUAUGUGCUUGGACAAUGCUGAUUGCAAAGCUUUUGCUUACCGUCAGGGAGAAGGCACAUGUUAUACAAAGGUCUACCUUUUAAACGGCCAGAGCUUUGCAUAUCCUCCCAACGACGUUUAUCUGAAACUUCCCAGGAGGUUGCUGUCUUCGCCCAAAUUGACUUCUACACUAGCUCACACAUGCAGAGUUCAUGAAAAAGAGGCAGACAGUUCAUCACAGAUGUUCCAGGACAGCUCUUCCAAGUUCAAGUUUGGCUACUUCCUUUCUUCUGCAUUAACACUGCUUUUCAUUGAAGUUAUAUUAAUCAUCGCCGGGUGUUGGGUCGUUCACAAAUGGGAGGGAAGACCAGAGAUUAUAGAUGAAGGUUACACGAUAAUUUCCAGCCAGUUCCGAAUAUUUAGCUACAGGGAGUUACAGAAGGCAACAAAUUGCUUCCAAGAAGAGCUAGGUAGUGGUGGGUCAGGAGCAGUUUAUAAGGGAGUCCUCGAUGAUGAAAGGAAGGUUGCCGUGAAGAAGCUAAAUGAUGUGAUCCAAGGAGAGCAGGAGUUCAGGUCCGAGUUAAGUGUCAUAGGCAGAAUUUAUCAUAUGAAUCUGGUCAGAAUCUGGGGGUUUUGUGUCGAGAAGACAUGCAAGCUCUUGGUUUCUGAGUUCAUUGAGAAUAGUUCUUUAGCCACAGUUCUGUUUGAUUACCAGAGCCUAUCUCCUGUGCUCCAAUGGGGCCAAAGGUACAAUAUUGCAGUUGGGGUGGCGAAAGGACUGGCCUAUCUCCACCAUGAGUGUCUUGAAUGGAUUGUGCAUUGUGAUGUCAAGCCAGAGAACAUAUUGUUAGACAAAGACUUUGAGCCCAAGAUUGCAGAUUUUGGACUGGUGAAGCUACUGCAACGAGGAUCAAGCGCACAAAUGUUGUCAAGAGUGCACGGGACUAGAGGCUACAUUGCACCAGAAUGGGCUCUCAAUCUUCCAAUCACUGGCAAGGCCGAUGUUUACAGCUAUGGAGUAGUGCUUCUUGAGUUAGUGAGGGGGAUUCGGGUUUCCAGUUGGAUGGUUGAGGGUAAGGAGGAAGUGGAAAUGGCUGUUAGAUGUUCUACUGAAAUUCUUAAAGAGAAACUUGCAGGUGAAGAUCAGUCGUGGAUUCUGGAGUUCGUCGACUACAGACUGGAUGGAGAAUUCAACCAUUCAGAAGCACUCAUGAUGCUUAAGAUAGCAGUAUCAUGUGUGGAAGAAGAGAGGAGCAGAAGACCGAGCAUGAGCCAUGUGGUCGAAACUCUGCUUUCACUUGUGGAAUAAUGUUCAAUACUGUAUUUACUACUGCUACAUCUAGCUGAUGUGUGUAAGAAUAAUAUUCUGUGAUGUUGCACAGACAAGUUGCCCUUAUCCCUGCCAUAUGUAGCAACUCUACAGAUUUCUAUCAAUACCUAACUACUAUGUAGUAGGAGUAUUUCAUUUGC